AAAAAUAACCUUAAAAACGCAGAAAAGUCAGAAAACUCUAGUUCCAUGGAAGUUCAAAAUGAAUAGUGUUUAUGAUUAUUUGAUUGAUAAUGAGAAUAAUACCAAAACGAGUUUUUCAAUAUUUGUAGCGAUUUUGUACUUGAUGAUUUUAUAUAUACAAAUAAUAAGCAUUUACGUCAUGUGCAGAUUCCAAGAAAUGUAUCAAUAGUAUAAUCAGCAUUAUGUUUGUCUUUGAAGAACCUUUCGAUUCGAAUGAUGACUGGUACUUGGGUGAUAAACACAAACAUCCUGAAAAAAUAUCAAAUAAACUGCUCAAAAACAUUUCGAAUGCACAUAUCAUUGGUAUUCGAUUUUUAUUCGAAAAUUACGUGAAAAAGAGAGGAGGAGCUAUCUUGAAUGAAGAUGAAGAGCUGAACAUGCCUCUACAAGUUUGUUUAUUUUUGAGUUCACUCAAAGACAAAAUCUGUGAACAAUCGCCUGUUUUAAUAAUUUCCUCUGAAUAUUCGCUUUGUAAAUGGCAUUAUCAUGCUAGUGAAGUAGGAUUUCAACCAAACAUUAUCACCACUAAGGAUUUUGUGGAAUCAUCUUUAUAUCUCCUUAGUUCUGAUUUAUUGAAGUUGGCCGAAAAAUGUUUGGAUUUGGAUUUAUUCUGUGUAGUGAUAGAUGAUUUGGAUGUUAUAGCCACAAAACUACUUUUGAAAAAACUCCAUGGGAGUUUCAAUAUAGGACUUACCAAAAGAAACUUCUAUAAAUAUCCUGACCAAAAAGUUAAAUGGUCAAUGUUGAAUUGGAGCAAUCCUGGAUGUGUUGGAAAACUGAAUGAUUACUACAGGAUUGACCGUCAGCAUUCUUUGGCUUUUGCUGAUAAUUAUCGGUUUUGGUGGAUGAGACUCACCUGGAAUUUUUGCGACUCUUUUGAACGACCAAGUGAAGAAGAGUUGGAGGAAUAUCAACAAAAACUACAAGAAUGGGGUACUGCUCAUAACAUAAGAACCACCUGUCAACCUAAACGAGGCAUUAAAAGAACUAUAAAUAAGAAUCAAUCAACAGGCAAGAAGAAAUCUAAAUAUAUAAAAUCCGAAUCGAGUAACACACAAUCUUCGUCACCCGAUAUAACUGAAAUUAACCCAGUGGAUUCCUUUGAAAUUUCACCAACACAUUUAGAUGUAAAAACUGAACCAGACAUUACCAGAGAUGUAAUUCAGACACCCACAUAUAAUUCAACGAAAAAUGAAUCAGAGGAAGAACAUGAAGCAGGUUCUGUCGUUUCCAUUCCCACAAAUAUUGUGAAAAUGGAAGUUACCAAAGAUUUAAAAUCCGAAGAGGAUGAACCCAUUUUAUCUAUAAUCUUUUCUCAAAUACCACUUAAAACCAAAGAUAGUUUGUUUAUUGAUGAUGCUCCCGAAACAUCUAAAAAUGAUGGUCUUUUGCCUUUGGUGGAUGAUUCUCAAAGCAUGAUUGAAAGCCAAUCAUUUCAGCAGCUUUCAAAUAUUUUAGAUAAUCUUUCUGAUGAGGAAGAUAUCAAAAAAGAGAAUUCAGAUGAUGAUUCCUUCCUCUCAGAGUUUAUUUUGGGCAAAAAAUAAACAUUAAAUUUAAAAUUUGUUAGAUUUUUAGCUAAGCAUUUCAGUUUCUUCUAAAAAUGUUAUAUUGGAUAUUCAUUUUUUUGUACUAUAUAUUUUAUAUCGAAAUUUAAAUGGGUUAUCUGUUAUUUUCAUAUACUUUUAUACUUUGGACUUAUGCAAAAAUUAUUUUAUGGAUUGCAAAGGAUAUUCUGACAAACUAUUUAUUGAAACAAUUACAUAUAAUUCUAUUUAAAACAAUAGUUUCUAUUAGGGUACUCAUUCAACACUCAAACCAACAUUUAAAUUUUCAAACGUUUAAAAC